UGCAGUACGGAUUACAGUGUUUCAAUGUCUACCAAUGAGCUACUGAGUCCUAUUGCCUGCGAGCUCUGCCGGCGAAGGAAGUGCAAGUGUGACCGCAACCUUCCAUUCUGCAAACAGUGUGUGGGUGAACCGUCGAAAUGUACAUACCCUGAGAGUGGGAAGAGAGGUCUGCCGCAAGGAUAUUUGAAUCAACUCGAACUACGAUUAGCGGAUACGGAGUUAGCUCUGUUUGAAGCUCUCUCGACGCUGCGUUCCAUAAACACCACCACCACUCUCGUGAAGGUCUCACGCAAGUGUGGUGCAGGGUCCACGGAACAAAAAUCGACAAGGACUCGAGAAUGGUCACGCCUCCCUCUAGACGGCUGGCCGAACUUAGAGCGCUGGUGGGAGGCGAAGAGGGACCAUUUCAUCGCUGUAUCCGUCCAAGAUGAGCUUGCAGCUCAAUCUCCUGGCUCGAGGAGCUCAGUCUGUCAAUUGGCUGAAAGCAGCAGAUCUCGACAUUCCACGGCGAUUGAUUUGACAGACUCAUCACCACCAUUUCGUCAUUUGCAAUCAGAGAAUACACGUGGAUUGCAGCAGACCAUUCAAACAGCUAGGAACCCAGAUGCUUCUCCUGAACAAGUCCAACAAUCACUGGAGAAUCUCGGCCAUGCUUUAGCGCCCGCUGAGAAUAUGCGGGAGGAGUACCAUGGCCAAGCUGAAUGGACGCAAGCUCCUUUGAGGACAGCAACAAAUAUAGAUGAUCAUCAUUCAGGAAAGGCAAGGAGACUUGCUGACUUGAAUCCCACGAUGUAUUUCUGAUUGGAGACCAAUGUCGUGGAAAGUUUAAUACAGUGAUUUCAUCCAAUGGAUACCGUUCCAAUAUAUAUUCUUCUCUUCACCCAGUCGAUUGCCAUAACCAAGUGGCAAGGCAAGGAUAGUCUAUUCAAUCUACUAUAUUCUUCCAAUAGGCA